AUGCAUCCUGGAGAGAUUGCCAGCUUCGGCUACCUUUCACCUUCAGAUUCACCUGCUUUCAGUGUCACCUCCCAUCUUAGCAGCCUCUUUGGACCUUAUCUCGCACAGCAACUCCAGACCACUCCGUUGAUGCACUGCCUCAGUAGCAGCGCAGCUUGGGAUGAGGCAGGCGGGCACCAACUGAGCGUAGCAGAAGAGAGGAGGAAGAGGAGGAUGAUAUCGAACAGGGAGUCAGCUCGGCGGUCGCGGAUGAGAAAGCAGAAGCACUUCAGCGAGCUGUGGACGCAGGUCGUCCACCUCCGGUCGGCGAACCGGCAGCUCCUCGACGAGCUGAACCGGGUGAUGAGAGAGCGUGAUCGGAUCAUGCACGAGAACGACCAGCUCAGACACGAAGAGACCGAGCUCCGGAAGAAGCUUGAGAGGUUACCGGCGGUGUUCGGCUGUGCUCCACAUGGUGCAGAGAAGCUUUGA